UGACUAACAGCCAGCUCUCAUCACACUACUUGUAAUAAACCUCCAUGUUUAAUGAUAAUGUCUCAUAUAGCCUAGAGUUUGAAAAUUAUGACAAAGCUAAUUCCGUAAAAAUGGCCACAUAUAUGUCUAAUUCCGGUUAAACUUCUUGAAUAUUUUUACUCAAUAAAAUAAGUGUUUUUUUUGUAUUUUUGUUUCUGCUUAUGUUAUUCAUCGACAAUUAGUUAUUAGUCAGAGAUAUAUUUUGUUCAUGUAAUAUUUUAAUGACUGAAGUUGGAAUGAAAACCUGGGUUACAACAUGGUUCGAGGCUGCCUGCUGAGUGCUCCGAUACCCAACUGAAAAACUACAGUGCAUCAUACUAACUGGAUACAUAGAUCUUCUAUUUCUUGUUUCCUGUUGAAGAACUGGUCAUCGUUUGGAUUUUGGAGCUCACUCAGUGGGAAACAAUUUCAGUCAUUUCGAGCUCGUUGGUUUGAAUCCUGUUGCAUCCUGGGCUUUCGUUUCAAAUCCAACUAUUACUGAAAUUUAAAUUCUUUUUGGAACUUUGUCAUAUUUAGUUAAAUAUGCUGAACAUGGAUCUUGAAAACUUACUUCAAACCUUCAAUAAUGCCCACCAAAACAUCGGCUUUACUCAUAAUGCUGAAUCCGACGGAAUGUUCCACUUGCUCAACGUCCAUCUGACAAGAAACGCCAGCAACUCUUUGAAAAGAUUUAUAUAAAAAAAGACUAUAUGGAAUGGACAAUUCAUCAACUUUCUAGGAUGUAUGCCUCUAAGCAGAAAAAGGAACCUGAAUUACGCUCUUUCCUCAAGGAUUUGGAAGAUAUACGGCUAGGAAAUGAUUGACGAAGAACUGCGUAAUUUCCGAGGAACCCUGAUAGAAAAUGGUUUCCCACCCAGGUUCAUAAACAAGAAUCUCAAAUCAAAGAAGACUUCCAUACAAGUCCACUCCGUUCAGGAGAAGAUGCUUCUGCUUAAUCUAGGAUUCAAAAGUGACAUUGAAGCAGAAAUCCUUUGUAAACGCCUCUGCAAAUCUCUGAGGAAAACAUACUUCGUCGCGAGCCUAAGACUGACGUUUUCCUGCAAGAAACUGUCCAACCAGAACGCGGAAGACAAGCUGUCGCAUUGAGCCGCUUCAGCAUGUGUAUACAAGUUUACUUGCUAAUGUGGAGCUGAGUACAUUGGCUUUACGAUACGUCCGCUUGUAAAACGCCACCGGGAAUACUGUCCAGUGUGGUUACCAAAGGGAGAACACAAAGGGGUAUACAGUUCGAUAACAGAACAUCUGAUGAAUUCAGGACAUUCAGCACCAUUCGAAAAAUCCUCCAAAAUUAUAUACAAGAUUCAAUCAAACCUAUCCAAGGGAGUAAACUUAAAAGAUCUGGGCAUAGCCGAGGCACUAGCUAUCCAAAAGCUCAAACCCACGCUAUGCAUCCAAAAGAAAUACGUCCAACCCUUGUUCCUGCCAUGGCCAUCAUAAACAGUUAUUCAAAAGGAGUUGCUUCCCCAGAACGAUUCGUUAGAAGCCGAUUAUAUUUCACUAGUGAAAGUCAUAUUCAUUCAUUGCUCACGUGUUUAAGAUAUGGUGAUUUAGCUGAUGUUUUAACAGAUGAACAAUGGAGACGUGCUAUGGAUUAUGUAUCGUCUGUUUCUGAAAUCAAUUACCUUGCUCAAAUUGUGAUUAUGAUUUAUGAAGAUCCUACAGUGGAACCAAAAACUGAAAAAAGGUUCCAUGUUGAACUGCACUUUAGUCCUGGUGCUUUUGCUUUGUGUCAUGAUCUUCCUGAAGGCAGUGGAUUUCGAUCUGGUAAACUGGAGCGUCUCAAUUCUCAAGUUAGUGUAGUAAGUAGCGGUACAUCAGUAGAUAAAGGAAGCUCUGACUCAAUGCCUCAGUCACUGAUGCCAUCUAUUGGUCGUUCAGUCUCUACAUGUGAACAAGACAAGCGAAUGGUCCCCGAUAAACAAAGUUCGAAACGAUCAGAUCAGAGUAUUGAACAUUGUCCCAAUCCUGAGUCAUUUGAUUCAAGUGAUAUGUCGUUUUCUGGAUCUUAUAACAGUGAUAGGUUUUCUCGUUGUCCGUCGUGUAGGUCUAACAGUGUACAGUCGAAAGGUCUUCCCCCUUUAGAUAAUUUACGUUGGAGUUUCGAUAGCGAUAGCUGUGAUAUAUGCAAAGAUAAAAUGGAGUGUUGUUGUGAAACUUCACACAUCAAAAAUUUAGAACAGUGUUCAGUACGACGAUCAAAUAGUGUUAAAUUUUGUCAUAACAUUCUUCAAAAAGGCUCCUGCCCUGGUAAACAUGAUGAAACUUUGACUGUUAGUCACAGAUCACAAUCUCAAGGUCGUCCUUCUGUCCUGCCAUUAUCACCUGUGCCAUCCGCUUCUACCUUAGAAUACACGGGAACUCCUACAGCAUCAAAUCCGGAAGUAGGCGUUGGACGAUUCACUGUCACACGAUCAAAUACUGAAGACAAUAACCUGAGUCAAAAUUCCCCGUGUAGAUCAAAAAUGGAAAAAAUGCUUCCAUCUUUUUACACAAGUAGAUUGGGAGCAUGUCAUUUCAAACGCUUUCCACGUUCAGAGUUUUCCGAACAUGCGAUUCGUAAUCGAUCUUCCAUUUCAUGCUCCCCUGACGUUCACCGGAAAACAAAGGAUUUGGACAGUGCACUCCUGUCAAAACCCAGAUAUUCAUGUUUUACAAAAUUAUUUCAGCCAGGGAGUAAAGCAAAUGACUCAGGAGAUAUUAAGGAAUCGGAUUUCAGUAGAGAAUUAGUUCUUGAUUAUGCCUACCUGCGUAACAACACUUCACAUUUCUCUCCUGUAAUGCAAUGGCUUUCAAUGCAACCAGAAAACGUAGUCAAGUCCGAUGGGAAUUAUAAUGAAAAGGAUUGUGAUUUAGCCUUAAUCAGGGAAAAAAAAUCACGAGAAACGAUACCGUGCACAAAUGCAGAGGCUGUUAAAAAGGAUGAACGUAGUUCGGUUAGAUUAAAUCGUCAUCAUAGUGCUAGUUCCGUACGUUCACUAACCAAUCAAGUCACAUCUCCGAAAAGGAAUCUGGUGAUUCCCUUGUCCACGUCUCCUACACAAGCAUCAUUGACUCCAACUCUUCCUGAUGAACCAUUAUCUUCAAUACUUUAUCCCAGUGGGUCGAUUCAGUCAAUAAUGGAACCAUCAGGAAGUCAAACAAAUUCCGUUGCACAAACAAAUAGCUUACUACAAUCCACCGGACCGGAAACUGCAAUUGAUGAUGCUAUCAUCAAUCAAGCUUUGAAUGCUGUUACCUAUCCUAGUCGACAAAGUCCAUAUCACUUGGAUAUUGGACGUCUUAUUAGAGCUGUUGCUUUAGGUGCUCCGUUUGCUCCGCCAUUAUGUCGAAGUCUUAUUAGUACAGCUGUUAUCCGUGGUUCACGUGAUGAUGGCCAAGCAUCCAGUAGUGUUCCUGAUUUUAAACGUCUGUCAGAAGAUUUGAAUUUUGCACCACGAACUUUAACACCUGGAAGUUCUAAAGAUUUUCUGGUUCCUAGUGCACCGUGUGUUCCUGAAGUUUAUCCACUGGAAACUCUACACAAUGAUUUAACACUAAGUCAACUGGAGGCAUUUUUCGUUCGCUUAACCACCCAUAAAUUUCCAACUCCAUUUACAUCUCCCCAACAUCCGUCUACUCCUGUCAGUUAUUAUCAUCACCAUUCACAUCAACAUCAAUCUCCAGUGAAUCUUGAUGCCGCUAAUCGUUAUCAAGAUUCGAAUACUAGUAUUUUGAAUGUAUUUCCAGCCACUCUUGGAGAUGAUACGACAACCCAAAGUUGUUCUAAUACUGUCGAUGAAAUUCCACUUGAAACACAACAGAGUACAUUGUUAGAUGAAACUUUGGAUGUCACAUCAGCGAAACAGUCUAGUUCAGCUUUUCAUCUAUUUACCUCGAACACUAAAGCAUCAUCAUCUGUGAUGGAAACAGGAUAUCCAGAAAAAGAGACAGGAGAAAAACCUAAGCCUAAUCUUCCAUCUAGAGAUAAUUAA